GCUGUUUCGUCUAUUGAUAAAUGAGGUCGACAACCCUAUUACUGGGCCUAUUCUUAGCCUUAGCGGUACUAAGCAUUGUCCAGCGGGCAACUGCAGAAGUAGACGGCGGCAUUGACGUGUCGUUCUUUAUACCAUCUGGGCAUGACACUGCUACAAAUGAAGACGUUUACGACUUACUUCGUUACGCCAGAGCGCUUAGGGAUGAAGGAACGAAGUCAGACGGCGCAUCGAAAGCGGUAGCCUCAGCAAUUGCAGCAGCGGUUGCUACCCUACCUCCAACCCAGCUCUCCCACACUAACCACAAUCUACAACAAGUUCCAGAACGCGCACGCGCUUACCUCCCGGCCGCGAUAGACCUGUUGGCGCGUAUACGGUCAUUUGCAAUUGCCCCACCAUGCCUCGACCGACCUGGCAUACCGAGUACGACAGCGGGGCCAUACAAAUACCUUAUAGCUGCAAACCUGGUCAAUUGUGGAGGAAUUAUGCCGUACUGGAUCCUCGAGGUGCUUCGCCUUGGAUUGCUGUUGAGUGGUAACAGCAUGGUCUUAGCUGGACUCUCCCAAAACGUGGCCAACGCCCAAAGUUCAGCAUCAGCAGACGGCUACCUACCACACAUAUCUGUUUACGAAAGCGGCAGCGAGGACAACACCGUUCCUUGGUUACUUGUUGCGGAGCAACUCUGGGGCGCAGCUGGGAUGCGGACGUUCGUCGUUGUCAACGGCUCUCUGACACGCCAAAUGGUAACUGACCCAUUCUCCGGCAAGUACCAAGAGCAACGCCCCGUACAGUUCUCGGCUUCUGUACGGAAUGCUGCUCUGGAACCGUUGUACGGCGCUCCACCUGGAACGUACGACAAAAUUUUCUUCGUCAACGAUGUGUUCUUUUGCGCUGCGGACCUAUUCCGUCUUACUCAUCUGAAAGCAGACAUCGCUUGCGGGCUUGAUUUCGAGGUGUUGGUUGGGCGAAAAAUAGUUCGCAUGUCUCACAGUACCGUACGAAAGGCCGGAUGGGGGCGACGACGGCGGCGCCUGCAGAGUCUUUCAGGAGCAACUACUGAUAAUGCUACAGGUGCAGCAGCAGACGCGAGGAAUGGGAACUUAACGCUGCGCGCCUCACUUAACCGCAUGUCCAAUGUUCAUUUUGGCGAGUUCGUGCGGCAGAUGGCGGCGGAAGGACGAAUUCGGAGUGCACCUGUGCAGCUCAGAUACGAAUUUCACGACACUUGGGUGUCACGGGAUAUCAGCGGAAAGCCGUUCGGAAAGGACGUUCCUUUCAUUUCGGACAAGCGGACACGUGGCAUCCUGAGCAAAGGCAUGCCCGUACCAGUCAAGUGCUGUUGGAAUGGCGCGGCAGAUGUCAACGCAGCACCGUUAGUAAACGGCCUGCGUUUUCGGAGCGGUUUAAUCAACGAUGGCGAAUGUGACAGCAGCGAAUGCUCACUUCUUUGUCAAGACUAUCGGCGAGUGGGAGCCACGCGAGUGGUCGUCGACCCGUCAGUCAGAGUCGCUUACGUGCCUUGGUCCAAGAGCUUCCACGGCAGUCUGUCCGUUGGCGUCGGACCCAGGGUUCCCUGGUCGCAAGUGCAGCGGAGCGGCGCAUUGCAGGAGCUGGAGGCGAUAUGGAAUGACACUAAGAGUGACAUGGCUACGGAUUGCAUACCGCUGGGUAAGGGAUCAGUGGAGCCGCUACCUGUCGACCUAGCACCCGUCAACUACACCCAGAUGUUUCUUGAGGAUCGCCGCCAACCAUCCCAACAGCCAACCGUUCCCCGUCCUUGCAAUCUCCUAAUGGGCCCGUACGGUGCGGUCAACGAAGGCACGGCAUUUGACGAUCUACAAUUUGCAGCAAUGGGGGAAAAACCCAUUACCGGGCUAACCUAUACAACAGGCUUCAUGGAAUUACACAGCCUGCAGUUUACGUACGGCUCUGGUUCUGAGAACGUCACGGCAGAGAUGCACGGCCAGCCGGCUGGUGACCGUUUUUCGGUAAUUUUCCAACCUGGCGAGCACAUCACAAACGUCGUCGUGUAUUAUGACGGGUUCGCGGUUAUUAAGCUGCUUCUAAGCACCAACAGAGGACGAAGGACGGCAAUUAGUGGUCUAAUGUAUCGUGACAAGUAUGGUUGGCCGGGCUCUCAUCAGGCAGUCGCAACUCCUUAUCCCAGCGACCCAGCAGCGCGUGCAGACCGCUUUCGAUUGGCAGCGAUAGGCGGAACCAGCGACAACUGCUUGCGAUCGAUAUCAUUCCUUUGGACCGAGAUUAGCGGUGAGGUUUAACAGCUAAGCUGGAUAUACUAUCGCAAUGAGCAGUUUUCCUAGGAGCACAAACGGUAUGUAGGGAGGAUGGGGGAAGGUAGGCAUUUGUACAUAUGCUUGAACAAGUGUUGCGCUCGGCGGUUUGCUCAUUGUUUUGCUUGUGUGAUACACCCUAUUGCCAGGUGUGCUCGUUACUGGUGAUUGCGCGUCAAGAAGUUAACAAUUUGGGCGCGCUUGCCGGCACCUGAAGUGACCCACAAGAAGAAAGGUUCAAUAUGUACACUGCAUGUACAGUUGCUUACCUUCGUAAUUGUUGAAAUUCAGUUAUGCUGUUGUUGUGGGAUUUGGAUAGGUAUGUGCUCAGUUGAGGAAAAACAAUAUUUCAUGGCUUAAUCGACAAGUGACUCAUGCUGUUGCUAACACCCGCACUUCCUUGUCUGGAUUCUGAUGAUGUCGACUAUUAUUCCUAUUGCCGUGCUAUUGCCAGUUGUCCUAGUGCGUACGCAAGGAAACGGCGUGCUCAGUUGUUCUUAUUCUCUUAUUGGUUAUUCCAAGGGCUGUUGUAUCCUACCUCUAAAGGUCGAUGUCUGGGCCCUGCUUGGUAGUGGGUAUCUAGAUGAACGGCCUCUUGAGGGGGCACCGGGUGGAGCCUUGUGGGUGGAGCCUUGUGGAGUGCCAAGCUGUUGCCAAACACGCUAUUGAGGUGGUACAGGUAGUGGUGUUGGGCGGUUAGCUGUGUGUUUAGUGGACUGCUGAGCGACACAUCUGCGGCACCGUAGCGUGCUAGCCUUGUGGUGCAAGUAAAUGAGGUUCUGCUGCAGAAUGCGAGUAUUACAGGGGAGUCUGAACGACUCAAGUGCGACGCACAACCCUAUGGACACAGAUCUAGCCAAUGUCAUCACGUACAAGCUCUUUUGGCUGUACUUCCGCUGGCAAAGUUCUUUAUAAUGUUGAGAUAGAUAGAGGUAACCUGCAAAUUAGUAUUGUAAGAAGC